AUGACAGGACAACACAAGCAAACAGAAGGGCAACCGUACCAUGGCUAUUAUAAUGAACGAAAACAUGGAGGACAACCUUAUUAUGGUUACUACUCUGGUUUCAACAAGAGUGCUUCAGCUCAGAUUCAUUACUUGGCAAGAACUCUAACACAAGGUGCCCCAUCUUAUUUUGAUGAGUCCUUUAUGAGACAGAAUAAUGUGUCCCGUUUAGAUCGAACGACAGCGACACCUGCUGCUGGUAAUGGUGCUACCCCCGCAACACCAACAAGAAUCACAGGAUCAUCGCCAACAUCACCAACAUCACCAACAUCACCAACAUAUGGUGUCAAUCCAGUCAUUGACAAGACAGAUCCCACGCUUGACCCAGAAUCGCCUUUGUUCAACUCAAAAAGAUGGGUGCAAAAUAUGUGGAGACUAUAUCAAAGCGAUUCGGAAUAUUAUAAACCAGGUAAAUUGGGUGUAGCAUAUAAGAAUCUUCGAGUCUAUGGAGACGCCAUUGAGUCAACUUACCAAACUACUGUAUCCAAUGGGUUUUUGAAGUAUGGUGCGAAAUUACUAAACAAGUUUAAAAAGGAACAAAAUGACUAUACUUUUGAUAUUUUGAAACCCAUGGAAGGGUUGAUAAAGCCAGGCGAAGUUACAGUUGUACUUGGAAGGCCUGGCGCGGGAUGCUCUACUUUUUUGAAAACAAUUGCUUGUCAUACAGAAGGGUUCAAAGUUGCUGACGGCUCAAUCAUAUCCUACGAUGGUAUAACGCCCGAGGAAAUUAAGCAAAACCUAAGAGGCGAAGUUGUUUACUGUGCUGAAACGGAAACCCUUUUCCCAAACUUGACUGUUGGACAAACUUUACUAUUUACAGCAUUAAUGAAAACACCAAGAAACAGACCGCUUGGUGUGUCUCGUGAACAGUACGCAAAACACAUUGUUGAUGUUGUUAUGGCCACUUAUGGCUUAUCUCAUACAAAAGAUACCAAAGUUGGUAAUGAUUACGUUCGAGGAGUAUCGGGAGGUGAGCGUAAAAGGGUAUCAAUUGCUGAAGUUUCUUUGGUGCAGGCAUCAAUUCAAUGCUGGGAUAACUCAACCCGUGGUUUAGAUGCCGCUACUGCGUUGGAGUUUAUUAGCUCGUUAAAAACUUCGGCGUCUAUUUUGAAUGACACACCAUUGAUUGCUAUUUACCAGUGUUCUCAAGAUGCUUACGAUUUGUUUGAUAAGGUUAUUGUGAUGUAUGAGGGAUACCAAAUAUUCUUUGGUUCAAGCCGUCGAGCUUCAUCAUAUUUCCAAAAGAUGGGAUUUGUAUACCAAGAAAGACAAACUACCCCGGAUUUUCUUACUUCAAUAACAAACCCUGCUGAAAGGAUAGUUAGGCCAGGAUUUGAGAAAAUAGUACCUCGAACACCAAAGGAGUUUUAUAGGUAUUGGAGAAGAUCAUCAGAAAGACAAGCUUUGUUGGAGGAAAUUGAUGAAUAUUUGGAUAAUUUUGAAAAUUAUGACCAAAAACAGGAAAUCUUUGAAGCAAUGUAUGCUAAGAAGGCCAAGCAUACUCAUAUCAAGUCUCCAUACACGGUAUCAUUACCUAUGCAAGUACGUUAUGUCACUCAACGGAAUUUCAACAGAAUGAAGGGUGAUCCGCUAUUCCCCCUUUUAACCAUUGUUGGUAACGUUGUGAUGAGUUUGAUCUUGGCCUCGGUCUUUUACAAUUUACAGCCCAACACGAAUUCCUUUUAUUAUCGGGGUGCAGUCAUGUACUAUGCUCUAUUGUUCAAUGCUUAUUCAUCGGUUUUGGAGAUUUACCAAAUUUAUGAAAGCAGACCUGUUGUUCAAAAACAUCGUGAAUAUGCACUUUACCCACCAAUGGCAGAUGCCAUAGGAUCAAUUAUUGCAGACCUACCUUUGAAAGUUGUCUCUAGUGUUUGUUUCAACUUGGUCUUAUACUUUAUGGUCAAUUUCAAAAGAGAGCCUGGAGCUUUCUUUUUCUAUUUAUUGAUCAACUUUCUUUCGACGUUGAUGAUGUCUCAUUUAUUCAGAACAAUUGGUGCAUAUACUGAAACCUUGGCUCGGGCGAUGACUCCGUCGUCAUUGUUACUAUUUGCAAUGACUACAUUUACCGGUUUUGCUAUUCCAAUAACUUAUAUGCUUGGUUGGUGCAAAUGGAUCCAUUGGCUUAACCCCUUGUCGUAUGCAUAUGAGGCUUUGAUUGUCAAUGAGUUCCAUAAUCGCAAUUUUGACUGUGCCACAUUUGUUCCUUCAGGGUUUGGAUAUCCAUCGAGUGGUGAUUCCGUGGUUUGUGCUUCAUUGGCUUCCAAGCCUGGUACGACUUUUGUUGAUGGAGAUUCAUACAUUAAAACGGCGUUCAGCUAUGAUUGGGGACACGCAUGGAGGAACUUUGGUAUAUUAUUGGCAUUUGUUAUAUUUCUAUUCUUAACAACUGUUGUAUUUGUUGAGUAUAACCACAGUCAAAUGUCCAAGGGGGAAAUAUUGGUGUUUAGAAGGAAAGAUAUUAGAAGAAUGAGAAAGGAAAGUGAAGAUGAAGAAGCUUGUUCUGGUGGUGGAAGAGGUUCUAGCUUUUACGAUGACGAGAAACUGCACGGAUAUAGUGGAUCUACUGAAUGUUCUGAUUAUUCGGAUGGGUCAAUGAGUGAUAAGAUUUUAGAAACUUCAAAUGUCUUUCAUUGGAGAAAUAUAUCUUACAAGAUAAAUGUCAAGGGUAAAGAUCGCACUAUAUUGAAUAGCAUUGAUGGUUGGGUCAAACCGGGAGAAGUCACUGCGUUAAUGGGUGCUUCUGGUGCCGGUAAGACGACUUUAUUGAAUGCAUUGAGCGAGAGAUUAACUGUUGGUGUCAUUACUUCUGGUUCAAGAAUGGUGAAUGGGGGUGCUUUAGAUAAUUCGUUUCAAAGAUCGAUUGGAUAUGUUCAGCAACAAGAUUUACAUUUGGAGACAUCUACGGUUCGAGAAGCUUUGAGGUUUAGUGCUUACUUGAGACAACCUAAUGAUGUGCCUAGAAGGGAAAAAGAUACAUACGUUGAAACGAUUAUUGAACUAUUAGAAAUGGAGCAGUAUGCAAAUGCAGUUGUUGGUGUUUCCGGUGAGGGAUUAAAUGUGGAGCAAAGGAAACGGUUAACCAUUGCAGUUGAACUAGUGGCAAAGCCCAAAUUAUUGGUGUUUUUAGAUGAACCUACAUCGGGCUUAGAUUCACAAACUGCGUGGUCGAUUUGUAAAUUGAUUCGGAAAUUGGCAAACCACGGCCAAGCUAUAUUAUGUACCAUUCACCAACCAUCUGCCAUUUUACUUGAAGAAUUUGAUCGUUUACUCUUUCUUCGAAGAGGCGGAGAAACUGUUUAUUUUGGAGAGUUUGGUUAUAAAUGCCAAACAUUAAUCAAGUAUUUUGAAUCUCAUGGUGCUCCCAAAUGUCCUCCAAACGCCAAUCCCGCAGAGUGGAUGUUGCGUGUCAUUGGAGCUGCGCCAGGUUCUCAAGCAAAUCAAGAUUAUUUUGAAGUUUGGAAGAAUUCUAAAGAGUAUAGAGCAGUACAAAGAGAAUUGGACAGGUUAGAAGCUAAGCAUGGUGCAAACACAAUGAUUCGUGAUCCAGAUGACAAAAGGUCUUAUGCAUCGCCAUUAUGGAAACAAUAUUUUUACGUUUUAAAGCGAUUGUUCCAACAAUAUUGGCGUACUCCCUCCUAUAUUUAUUCUAAGUUUGCAAUGGCUGUAUUCUGUUCGUUAUUCAAUGGGUUCACGUUUUUCAAGGCGCUGAAUUCAAUGCAAGGAUUGCAAAAUCAAAUGCUUUCUAUAUUCAUGUUGUUUGUUGUUAUGACUACUUUAGCUCAGCAGUAUGUUCCUAUGUUUGUUACCCAACGUGAUUUGUAUGAAGCAAGAGAGAGGCCGGCAAAGACGUUUUCGUGGUUAGCUUUCAUCUUGGCGCAAAUCACUGCUGAGAUACCUUACCAGGUUGUUGCUGCUUCAUUGUCAUUUUUCUCGUGGUAUUACCCAGUGGGAAUGUAUCGAAACGCAGGGGACGCCGUAGCUCAAAGAGGGGUAUUGAUGUGGGUCAUCAUGACGCUAAUGUUCAUUUACAGUUCGACAUUGGCCCAAUUGUGUAUUUCGUUUAACCAGUUGGCCGAUAAUGCUGCUAAUGGUAUUUCAUUGUUGAUCACAAUAUGUAUGACAUUUUGCGGUGCUAUUGCUACAAAAGACUUUAUGCCCAAGUUUUGGAUUUUCUUGUAUCGUUUCAACCCGUUUACUUAUUUGAUUUCGGGAAUGUUAUCCAUUGGAGUGGGUAAUUCCCAUGUCAAAUGUGCUCCAAAUGAGUACUUGCACUUCCCCCCUGAAUAUCCCGGUGUCCAAAAGUGUAAAGAUUAUAUGGGUGCUUAUAUCGCCAUUGCUGGGGGAUACCUUACAAACCCUGAGGAUACGAGCAUUUGCGAGUAUUGUCGAAUGAAUGAAACUAACCAAUAUUUACAAACUUUGGGAAUUUCAAUAAAGAACUUUGGUCGUGAUUGUGGAGUUUUCAUUGGGUUCAUUGCAUUUAAUAUGGUUUUCACUAUUUUCCUUUAUUGGUUAUUCAGAGUUCCUAAAGGUGAUAGACAAAAGAAUAGUGGAUGGUUGACUAGAAUGUUGUUUCACAAUGGAUACAAUGAUCAAGCUUGA